CUUUCCCUCCACAGAGAACUGAGAAGCUUCUGGAAACUAUCGACCAACUGUACCUUGAGUUUGCCAAAAGAGCGGCUCCGUUCAACAACUGGAUGGAGGGCGCCAUGGAGGACCUGCAGGACACGUUCAUCGUCCACACCAUCGAGGAGAUCCAGGGAUUAAGCACAGCCCACGAGCAGUUCAAAGCCACGCUGCCCGAGGCCGACAAAGAGCGCCAGGCCAUCCUCGGCAUCCACAACGAGAUCGCCAAGAUUGUGCAGACUUAUCAUGUGAACAUGGCCGGCACCAACCCGUACACCGCCAUCAACCCACAGGAGAUCAACGGCAAGUGGGACAAGGUCAGGCAGCUGGUGCCGCAGCGUGACCAGGCUCUGAUCGAGGAGCACGCCCGGCAGCAGAACAACGAGCGUCUGCGCAGACAGUUUGCCAACCAGGCCAACGUCAUCGGACCCUGGAUCCAGACCAAGAUGGAGGAAAUCGGGCGCAUCUCCAUCGAGAUGCACGGCACCCUGGAGGAUCAGCUGACGCACCUCCGCCAGUACGAGAAGAGCAUCGUCAACUACAAGCCAAAGAUCGACCAGCUGGAGGGAGACCACCAGCUCAUUCAGGAAGCUCUCAUCUUCGACAACAAGCACACCAACUACACCAUGGAGCACAUCCGUGUGGGCUGGGAGCAGCUACUCACCACCAUCGCCCGCACCAUCAAUGAAAUCGAGAACCAGAUCUUGACGCGAGACGCCAAAGGCAUCAGCCAGGAGCAGCUCAAUGAGUUCCGAGCUUCUUUCAACCACUUCGACAGGGACCACUCGGGCACUCUGGGCGCCGAGGAGUUCAAGGCCUGCCUGAUCAGCCUGGGCUUCGAUAUCGCCAACGACGCACAGGGUGAGAACGAGUUCUCCCGCAUCAUGAGCAUCGUGGAUCCAAACCGGAUGGGCAUCGUCACCUUCCAGGCCUUCAUCGACUUCAUGUCCCGCGAGACGGCCGACACGGACACGGCCGACCAAGUCAUGGCGUCCUUCAAAGUGCUGGCGGGAGAUAAGAACUACAUUUUAGCCGAGGAGCUGCGUCGGGAGCUUCCUCCAGACCAGGCGGAGUACUGCAUGGCCCGCAUGGCGCCCUACACCGGGCCGGACGGCGUGCCCGGAGCCCUCGACUACAUGUCGUUCUCCACCGCUCUGUACGGAGAGAGCGACCUCUGAACUCUCUGUCAGUUGUCCUGACCCGGGACCACCAGCCUACCUGCUCUGAUCACCGCCACGUCCUCCGACCGCCCCGUCACCACACUCUGUCCUACUACGCUCAUUUUUUGUAUGUCUCUGGCCUUAUCUUUUUGUCCUCCUCCUGCUCCUCCUGCUCCUGCUCCUCCUCUUCCUCCUCCUCCUCCUCCUCCUCCUCCUCCUCUCCGGCCUCCCGCUCCCUCACACUCUGUCUUCGUUGUAUUUGCUUCCCACGCAAUGCAGCAGCUCUCCAGGUUUACAAAGAGGGAGAGAGAAAAUGUUUGUUCCUGUUUUUAUUUUCUUGUUGUCAUUGUUUUUCUUCAUAAAAUGAAUAAAGUUAACAUAUUUUAUUAUACUGAACAAAAAAAGGUAUUUUUCUUCACCUGAUUGAAAAUAAGAGACGAAAAAUUGUAAUAAAGAAAAAUUGCUAUACUU